UUUUUCCUCUUUUUUUUGCAGGCCUUACAUGUAGCUUUUAAGUGAAGUGCGCUGGAGUGAUGUCAGACAAAACUGUGUCAUAUGGCAAAAUCAAAUCUUCUCUGGGCCAAUUCUUGGAAGAGAACAGGUUGCCUUCGAAGGAAUGCCUCGCAUCGUUGGAUGAUAUCAUACUUGGUUACGUCGUCGGCGUACUGGAAGACAUAGCCCAGGAAGAUGAUAACUUCGACGUCGACGACUUCAUGGAAAUGAUCUCAGCUUAUUGUCCUUCAAUUUCAAGCAUUCCGAAAAGCAGAAUUUCUUAUUGGGCGCAUAGUCUCGCGUUGGAACUCAAAAGCACGUCGGGGGAACCCAGGAAGAAGAUUGUGAGUCUGCUCGAUUUGGAGUGCAGCUUGCCUCAAAUCGUAGCGACGUGUAAUGGAACCACUCGACCUUCUCGCAUUUCCAAGAAUAGUGAGAGCUCCAUGAGCUCGGACGAUUCUUCCAUAUCUUCGCAGUAUUCUGCCGCUGAGGAAGAGAUCUGUGCUUUGAAAGAACUGUUCCCUUCAACGUCCACGGCAGAAAUUAAGCAUUGCCUGGCUGUUGCAAAUGGGGAUAUUCAAGAUGCUGCUCAGUGGGUUCUCCAGCGCCAGGAAACCGGUGAAUCAAUUAAGGCUGUUCCGAAAUUUUCCAAAGAUUUAAUCACAAACGAUGAUGAGUCAGUGAAGAAACACAUCAUCAGCAAAUACUCCUAUGUUGAUCAAGACGAAGACAAGAAAGAAUAUCGACCUCCACCCCCGAAAUUUGAGCCAAAGAAGCUGGUUCGCUAUCGCGAAAACCAGAUUGUGACCGUGAAAGGCGAACGUUUCACGGAAGUAAAAUCCAAGGAAGACGAGGACAUGAAGAAAACCUACGUGAACCUGAAACCCUCUCGACAGUAUCGAUAUUUGACGACUACUGAAUGGACAACCUUGUAUGGAGGAAGAUCUGCUGUGGAUGCGCUUAAUGAAGCUCGAAGAAGGGCUUUUCGUCGACUUCCGUACAGCUAUUGCUGUUUGACUUUAAAUCCUUUCGAAAAUCCCGUUUGUGAUAAUGAUGGGAAUGUUUUUGAACUUCUGGAAAUUGUCCCGUUUGUCAAGAAGUUCAAGAAGAAUCCCGUCACUGGGAAGCCUUUGGAUAUGAAGAACUUGUUCAAACUUCACUUCCAUAAAAAUGAAGAUGGGGAAUAUCAGUGUCCCGUUCUGUUUCGGUCCUUCACGAACAACUCGGAAAUCGUUGCCAUAAAAACAACCGGGAACGUUUAUUCUCGCGAGGCUGUGGAGCAGUUGAACAUCAAAACGAAGAACUGGAAGGAUCUGCUGAACGAUGAACCUUUCGCCAGAACCGACAUCAUUGAAAUCCAAAGCCCGAACAAUCUCGAAAAAUCGAAUGUGUCGGAUUUCUACCACGUGAAACACAAUUUGCGGACAAUUGUGGCCGAGGAUGAUGGGAAAUCAACGCUCAAGUCAUCCGCAAUUUCCAGUGACGCGAAAGCCAUCGUUGCGGAAAUGGAGAAAAUCGUUGAGAAGGACAAGGACAAGUUCAAACCUGAAACCAGCGACGGGAAAACGUUGGAUAAAUUUAAUGCUGCUCAUUAUUCAACGGGAACUGUGGCUGCUGGGCUGACGUCAACGUACAUGGCUCCCGAAACUCGGUCUACUGCUGCGAUUCUGGAGGACGAUGUCGUACGAUACGCGAGAAUCAAGAAGAAAGGAUAUGUGAGACUUGUGACCAACUACGGGCAGUUGAAUCUGGAAGUUUUUUGUGAUCAAGUCCCAAAAACCAGUGAAAACUUCAUCAAACUCUGCGCGAGCGGCUACUACAAUGGAACGAAGUUUCAUCGGUCAAUCAGACAUUUCAUGAUUCAAGGCGGUGAUCCCACCGGAAAGGGAACCGGAGGAGAAUCAUUCUGGAAAACUCCUUUUAAAGACGAGUUCAAACCGAACCUGAAUCAUGCUGGCCGUGGGGUUCUGUCCAUGGCAAACUCGGGUCCCAACACAAACAAGAGCCAGUUUUUCAUCACAUUCCGCUCGUGUCGACACCUGGACAACAAACACUCGGUUUUUGGCAAAGUCGUGGGCGGGCUAGACAAUCUGACGGACAUAGAAAACGUUGGCACCGAUAACGAGGACAGACCUGUCGAAGACAUUAUCGUGUUGAACGCCCAAGUUUUCGUUGACCCUUUCCAAGAAGUGGACGAACUGUUAGCCAAAGAAAGAGAAGCCGAGGCGAAAAAGAAAGAAGAGGAGAAAGAGGAAUACGAAUUGGGAGUUCAUGGAAAAAAACGUGCAGAUUCGAAAUCUUCAGCAGAGCCAAAAGUUUUCCGGUCUGGUGUUGGGCGAUACAUUGAUCCCAAACGGAUGUCAACAAAGUCAUCCAUUGAUGCUCCAAGUACGAGCACAAGUGCAAUUGAAGAACCACCACCUGAGCCGAAAAAGAAGAAACGUGAUUCUGCAGGAUUUUCGAAUUUCAGUUCGUGGCUUGUUGCUUCUGCUGCCGGAAGAGUCGCCCGUGCUUCCACGGCGCGUUUCCCGGUGCAAUUUCAUCAAACCAGUUUUUCAAAACUCCUGAAUUGUAAUGUGCCAAAGAUGCUUUCCGUCAUCCCGCAAAAGCAUGGCUACUCCACGGAAGCCAAAGGCGAUCAAAAGCUUGCCGAAUUUUUGAACGAAGAAAUCGCCACGGAGAAGAAAGUGCAGAAGAUCUCAUCUUUGCCCAAGACUCUGGGCUCCUUCGACUUGACUGUGGACAACAGCGAUCAAAAGCUUGCAGAAUUUUUGAACGAAGAAAUCGCCACGGAGAAGAAAGUGCAGAAGAUCUCAUCUUUGCCCAAGACUCUGGGCUCCUUCGACUUGACUGUGGACAACAGUCGCAUCGUGUUUCAGCGCACUAUCCGAGACGAAGUAGUGAAGAUCGAGCUGAAUGUGAAUCAUUCCGUGGAAACGGCGGUGCCCGAAGGUUCUGGCCAGUCAGAUUCCGCUCCGGAAAUGUUGUCGAAGCCUAAUUUUGAUGUUGAGAUCAAAAAGGGCGACUCGACCAUCACCUUUUCGUGUUCCUUCACGGCGGAAGAUUUUUCGCCAGAACAGGCUCAGCAGAAUGACGAAGGAUUCGAUCUGUUCACAAUUGAUGAAGUGUGCAUCUUUGAGAAGGAAUGGCGUGAUGAAACCUAUGCCGUGUCUGGAGACAUUUUGGAUGAGGAAUGGCGUGAUGAAACCUAUGCCGUGUCUGGAGACAUUUUGGAUGAGUACUUGUAUGAUCUCCUGAUGAACAUGCUUGAGGAGCGCGGAGUGUCCAACGAGUUUGUGGAGAAAUUGCAGGAAUUCUGCACAGGAUACGAACACAGCCUGUACAUCAAGUUCCUGGAGAGUUUGAAAAAAUUUGCCGGUUCUAGUUAAGAAUUGGAAGUGGAAUAAAAGACGGUAGUUAGUUGAUGGAAGGAGGAAAAAAGACUUGUUUUUGUGUUUUAAUUCCUUCUGCGGCGGGAAACGCCAUCUGGGCUUUGUGUUACGUGCUUGGGCAUUGGCCCGCCUGCCUUGUGAAAGGGAUGCGAAGGAAAUAAAAUCCAGAUGGCUGAAUCUGUUAA